AAGGGUUUUAUGCAUUAUUAUGUACACUUCAAACACCAUCCAUUGUCCUAAACAAAUUCAGUUUGUGACCAGUACGAUUACUCUUGCAGGUAGUAUCACUCAGGAAAAAAUCUCGGAUGUCCAGCGGCUAUAAGAUUUUCAUUAGAUGCGAUGAACAGUAUAACAGUUCAUUACAAGCAACUUCCUAUACUAUGGCAACUUAGAAGUUACAAGAUUCGGAACAGACUCCUCAAAAUACACGAACUCUUGGUAUAGGCAGUCUAACAAUAGGGACAUCCAACCAUCGAAAGAUAAUAUAAAUAGAAAUGCGUAGAAGAAGAUGAGUGCCGCAUGAAAAGGGUUGAAGACGCCUUAGAUUGUCGGGUUGGUCAGCACUGUUGUGUGUUCCAUCAAUACACAGCUCUUGGUUACCUAAAAACUCCCAAAAUUAUCACACACAGGAUGUGGUAGCAGCUCAAAGGGGUUUGUACUGGUUAACCGGGAACCAGGUGGUUAGACCAUUCAGGCAAUUGGCUUGCUGUCCCAAAGCGUCAUGCCCAGAUAAAGACAGUGCUGGACUAAGAUAAUUUUGGUCAAAAGAUAAUCUCACAUACGAAAUAUUCGCAUCCUUUUGCGGCAACCGAUCCAUUACCUCUUUGAGGACGACUUGUUACAGCAAAAGUCCUUUUGUUGGUUCUGAAUGUCAAUCUCCUCAUUCAAUAAAAAUGAGAAAGAGCUGGUACAGAGUGGUUCCCCCUUUUCCAUACACGCCUACACCAUAUUCGACUUGUUCUGGCUAGCCAGCACACUGACAAAGGAUUUAAAAAGAAUGUUGAGAAUGUUGGGUAUUGAUAUGGUGUUUAGCAGACACGAAAGGAAAGCCCUUCACUGUUACAUGCGACAAGCUCAGGUAGGACACGGCUCUUGAACCACCCCUGUGGUGUGACUCCCAUCUACUUCUGAUGCACUGCAAAUAUUAAUAGUCUUUGAGGGCAGGUUCAAGGGCGGUGGGCAGAAUAGAUAAUUUUCCGAGCUCUAAACGGUGCUAGGUAAACUAUCAUUGGCGGUUGAACAAUCCCAUUCACCAGAGCACCUAAUCGAUGCCCAAUCUCACGAUUACUGCAUACUUGCUUCCCUUAUCAGCGUCAGCUUCGAAAUUCUUGGAGAGUUCUACACCGAAAUGUCCUAUGCAUCAACUGUUGACGUGCCGACUAUACUAUCAGCGUUGGUAACUUGGAUGGACAGGCGGAGAAUAUCUCAUCACUCAUAAUGACCUUAGGAUAUAAAGGGGUCGAGAUAGAAAA